GGUGGGAGCCGGGCCAUCCCGGAGCGGACGGAGGGCCGCUGCAGACGUCGCACACCCGCCGAGCUCGCGCUCCCUGCCCUUCCUGCCCGUCCGGCGGCCGCGCAGGCGCCGCCCCGCGCCGGACCCCGCGCCGGCCGCAUCCCCGCCAGCAGGUGAGGGGGCGCUACCUCUCGGCCCCUCGGGCGGAGGGCUUGUCUCCGGAAGCCGCAGCAGAGCUGUAAGAAGGAAGAGAACCAACAGAGGUUCUGACUGAACAAUUGCAAUGGGGUGAGAGGAAAAUUCUACUUUGCAGGCCCUCACCAUGCACCCCUGGCUCAGUCUGAAUGUUCUAGGAGCUGAGUGAAGCGGCAGGAUGGACUGGGGCACCCUGCACACGUUCGUCGGGGGCGUGAACAAGCACUCGACCAGCAUCGGGAAGGUGUGGCUCACCGUGAUCUUCAUCUUCCGCGUCAUGAUCCUGGUGGUGGCCGCCCAGGAGGUCUGGGGCGACGAGCAGGCCGACUUCGUGUGCAACACGCUGCAGCCCGGGUGCAAGAACGUGUGCUACGACCACUUCUUCCCCGUGUCCCACAUCCGGCUCUGGGCGCUGCAGCUCAUCUUCGUGUCCACGCCGGCCCUGCUGGUGGCCAUGCACGUGGCCUACUACAGACAGGAGGCCGCGCGCCGGUUCAGGCGCGGGGAGAAGAGGAGCGAGUUCAAGGAUUUGGAGGACAUCAAACGGCAGAAGAUCCGGAUCGAGGGCUCCCUGUGGUGGACCUACACCGGCAGCAUCUUCUUCCGGAUCAUCUUCGAGGCCGCCUUCAUGUACGUGUUCUACUUCUUGUACAACGGGUACCACCUGCCCUGGGUGCUGAAGUGUGGCAUCGACCCGUGCCCCAACCUCGUGGACUGCUUCAUCUCCAGGCCCACGGAGAAGACCGUGUUCACCAUCUUCAUGAUCUCCGCCUCCGUGAUCUGCAUGCUACUCAACGUGGCCGAGUUGUGCUACCUGCUGCUCAAAGUGUGUUUCAGGAGAUCCAAGCGAGCACAGACGCAAAGAGCCGCCCCCAACCAUGCCCUCAAAGAGAGUAAACAGAACGAAAUGAACGAGCUGAUUUCCGAGAGCGGGCAAAACGCCAUCACGGGGUUUCCUAGUUAAACAGCGCCACGCACCACGUAGCCGACGUAGCAUCACAGAACCGGGGCCUUCCCCGGAAGGCAGUGCCGACCAGGCGUCCUGGCCCUCGGCCGAGACUCUGUCCUCACAAACGGCUUUCACAAUUCGUAGAUACCCGAGUUAGCUUUCUGUAGAAUAAUUGGGCCGUGAAUGUGCCACGUAAUCAAAUGUGUGGUCCUGGCUCUACCGCCGGGCCUUGGUGUGACUUUUACAGGUGGGUUUAAUUGGACCGUCUGACAUGGGGGUAUUUCCUGAAAAUUUAAGGACGUAACUCUUGUCGACAACACGUUUAUCUAGAAAUUGAUACUUUUAUUAGGAAGAGAUAUUUUUAUAGGAUUGAAUGUUUUAGUUCUGAUUUUGAAUUUAUGUAAAGUAUUUUUAUAAUGACUGGUCUUCCUUACCUGGAAAAACACACAAUGUUAAUUUUAGAAUCAUGCCUAAAGUGUCUAAUAUUUAAGCUUCCUCUGUCUUGUCGUAGGUAUUGUUUUCCGUUGUCUGCUGACAGACGUGUGAACUGUCACGGCUCUGAGGGUGGAAAGGGUUCACUGUACAAUGUCUCUUCAGCGCUGUCUGGGCGUGGCCGGGACCGUAUGGAAGCGGGAAGCUUCGCAAAGGGGCUGCUUUGCAACGCUCGUGAACGGCUGACGCGGGAACGCGCUCCCUCAAUAAAGAUGAGCCCUUUGCUGAAGCCUUCUGUUCCUUCCGGGCCGC